AUGUUUAGAUUUCAACGGAUUGGUCAACAGCUAGUUAGGCGUGAGACCUUUUUGCAUUCUCCUCGUGCUAAAUUGGUUCAGCCUUAUUUAUUCAAUAGUCAGCGCCAGUAUGUUAUUGUGCAUAAAGAUUUACAAAAAGCGAAAAAGGAGCCACGUAUCAGGUACAUCUUAUACAUGAUUGCCUUAUCUUGGGCUGCUAUAUUUUUUGUUUCCAGUAAAGUAGACAAAAAGAAACCUAUGCAGUCUAUGACCGAACGUGAAUUCCAAGAGUACGAGAAGCAAACAGGUAUAAAGAGAAGACACAAAUUGAUUCACUCCGAUCAAAACUCAAAGUAUAAAUUUUACGUGAUUCCUUACAUUUAUAACAAUGAGCAAAUUGAGAAGAUUGAACAAUCUUUGGCCAAGUCAGAUCCAAACAGGAAAAAUGUUGUUAUUGACCCUGCGAAAUUAGUACUCGAAGAGAAGGGAGACGAAGGAGCCAAGUAUUCUGCUUUACUAAAUGACUUGGAUGCAAUGAAAAAGCCAUACCCUCCGGGGUUGAUUACCGCAAUCAUAAAGCAACACAUAAACUUGCUCAUUAAUACGAGAGAAGGUACCUUUGAUACAAACUACAUUAUCAAGAAUUAUCCUCAAACUACGGGAGAAGCUAUCAAGUUUGAAAAUGACAUUGGUGAUAUCUCAAAGUGUUUGAUUAUGCAUUACGACAUGCUAAACGAGUUGCCUCAGCAAUUACCAGAAGAAAAGGUUAGAAACAUUCGAAACGUCGAGGGGUAUUUCGACUCUGUAAAUAAAGCGCAAACAAUGGUUUCCAAGUUUGACAUCAUGGAUGAGAAAUUCGAGGAGAUUAUACUUGAAGACCUUUAA